AUCACCAGUAGACAAGGAAAAAGGAUAGGAAAUGAAACCCUCGGACUCUACCACAUCCAAGCCCAUACGCUUAACCUCAAUUCCAAAAUAAAAAAUUGAAUAAAAGAUUAAAAAAACAGUAUUAUAAUAAUAAAACCUUUUUUUCUUUGGAUCUCUCUCGUCUCUCUCUGUUACUAGGGUUUUGCGUCUGCUUUUGCUCUGGUCUUAUAUAUCCUAGUUUGCAAAAAAGGUCCUCAAGUUUCGGUUUCUUUGCUUGUUACUGCAAUGGGGGAUGCAGAAAAUGCCCUUCCACCUUCAAAGAAGAGGGCUGCUGGAAGAGAAAUUUCUCGGGAUAAACCUGGUCUCGAUGAUGAGGAAGAUUCUUCUGAACAAGAGACCGGAACUUUUAAGAGGGCUAGUGAUGAAGUGUUGGCAAACAGAAGAAUAGUCAAAGUUCGCAGAAAUCAAACCACUUCAACUGCCUCAUCUAAUCCUUUUUCUGGGAUUCGCUUAGUCCCCCCUACAGAACCAACUGUUACUUCUGGUGCCAGCCCUGAGUCCAGCACAAACACUGAGGUUAAAGCUGAAGCACCGAUUGCCAGUGAGAAAGAAGUUUCAGAAGAUGGGAAAAUUGGUGUUAACAAAUCUGAAAGGACUGAAGAUGGAAAUAAUCAGCAGUCAGAUAAAAAAACUGAUGAAAUGGAGCCUGAGUCUGCAAAGAGUGAAAGUGAGAAUAUUAAACUGUCUGAAAAUAAGAAGGAUGAGGCAGUUUCCGAUGCUGUUGCUGAUAAGGAAAGUGCUGAUGAUAAGGGAAGUGAUGUUGUAAAUGAAGAAACACAAAAGGAGGCCAAUGAUGAAAAACCAGCAGGUGGUGUUCAGACCGAGGAUGAAGACAAGAAAGAUGACAAGACUGUAAAUGCAGAUAACAAAGAUAAGAGUAGUAAAAAUGCAGAUUCAACUGCAGAAGGUGCAUCAUUGAGUUCAUUCCAACAGCUUUCAAGUAGCCAGAAUGCCUUCACAGGACUUGCUGGCACUGGAUUUUCUACUACUUCAUUUUCGUUUGGAUCUACUGCAAAGGACGGUUCUACUAGUUCUGUUCCACUUUUUGGACUGAAAAAUGACCAGCCAUCUAUUGGUUUUGGUCUUUCAACAAAUGGAAACUCUUCCCUCUUCAACACAUCAGGGACUUCAAUUGUUUCUAAGAGAGAGGGAAGUGGUUUUCGAGCCAUGCAGGAGGUUCCUGUUGAGACGGGAGAAGAGAAUGAGAAAGUGGUAUUUUCAGCAGAUUCUGUGCUGUUUGAAUUCAUAGAUGGGGGGUGGAAAGAGCGUGGGAAGGGAGAACUUAAGGUGAAUGUCUCUACAACUGGGGCAGAAAAGGCCAGGGUGCUUAUGAGAGCCAGAGGAAAUUACAGAUUGAUUCUAAAUGCUAGUCUUUACCCAGAUAUGAAGCUAACAAAUAUGGACAAGAGAGGUAUCACUUUUGCCUGCAUGAAUAGUACUGGUGAAGAGAAAGAGGGGCUGUCUACAUUUGCGUUGAAGUUCAAGGAUGCUUCCAUAGUGGAAGAGUUUCGUGCAGCUGUAAUGGCACACAAAGGUAAGGCAACUGCUGUUCUAAAGACACCAGAAAAUUCUCCUAAAGCCUCAGAGGGUUGAAAGGUGUCUCCCUUAGAUCUGGUCUGUCCUAAACUUGCCAUUUGCAAUAGUCCUUGUGGAAAAAAGGAUCUUGCUUGGGUAAUGCUUAGUCCUAAGCUCUUAUAUGUAGCAGAGUCAACAGAGACCAAAUCCUUUUUGGUUGUUAUAAAUUGUGUAGCCUGCGGGAGAAUGUUUCAACUGAUUUUUUGGGUGUCAAUCCUGGAAUUAAAACAACUGCCUGAUCUACCAAAGCUAUCACAACAUGCAACAUUUGACUGUUAUUACUGCUCUGCCCUUGAUCUGGGAUGAAUAUGUGGAAUUGCAGUGUUGCCUAUUUCAUAUUUUGGAGUCCUAAACUUUUACCUUUAUAUUAAUUAAUAAUAUUUCCCCCUAGCUGCAUUCUAAGCUUCAGAGAUAGAGUUGUGAUGUAUCUGAUAGAUUUAUUGCUCAUAACUCCACUGUAGUUGUGCCAAAAAGAGAUACAUUUGUGUGGUGGGCAGUAUCUUUCAUUGGGGCGAGGCAAAGUUUAUAGUAUAAAAUCCCUAUUCUAAUUUUUGUAAAACUCUCUGGGAGUAGGCCGGAUUCUGUAAUUGGUCCUCUCUUUUCCUUUGUUCUUUUAUUCUGAUCAAUUUCA